AAGUACUAGAUAGGCUCGCCAAAUCGGAGACUGGAGUGUUCCAGAAACACAAGUCCCCAUCAGACCUCAAGGAGUCAUAGAGUCACAGGCCAUCACUGGCAGGCUGCAGCCAAAUACGAGAAUAACGAGACACGGACCCGAAAUGCAUCUCUAGACCGAAGUACUCCUGUUUUUGUCGGGUGCUUGGGAACGGUAUAAAAGUUCUUAUGACUGACGGGAUCCGACAUUGAUACUACUCACUCUUGUCGAUCUCAAUAUGCAGCUCUCACACUCUUUCACGGCACUCAUGGCCUUUGUCAUCAUUGCUGCGGCAUAUCCAGCACCACAUUUGUUGACGACAUCGUUGGCCAGGCGCGGGGUGCUUACCUCUAACCUCGAUCAAAACACUAGGGUCGUCGGUAGUCCCAGCCCACUCACCCCACUCAUCACGCCCAACCCUGACUCGGAUUCACCUGAUGGAGUUGACAAGCGCGCAGAACUUGACUCCAACUUUCCUAUCAGUAGCAAUGGGCCUGAAUCUAGGGACCUUGGCGCUCCCAGCGCGCCCGACUUGCCUAACACACCUAACAAGCGCGCGGAGCUUGACAGCACCGCCUGUUCCGCACCUACUCUACCUACAUCACCUGAUGAGUCUAGCAAGCGCGCGGAGCUUGACACUGAUACAACCACCUGUCCUCCCACAAUUCACACACUUCCCGUACUUACACUUGACCCCCCAUUCGGCGACGGCCUACUCAACGCUAACUCGGAUUCACCCGACGCGGACUCGCCCGGUGGAGUUGACAAGCGCGCAGAACUUGAUUCCAACUUUCCUAGCAAGCGCGAGGAGAUGAGCAAGGUGCCGAUUCGGAGCCUGCCGGAGAGUCAACACCACGCGUCCAACUGA